AAGAGAGACCGAAGACGGGGGUGGGUAUUCUGGAUUCGAUAUUUGAAUUGGAGGUGGUAGGGUGGAUGUUUUCUCUGAUGAAUCUAUGCUUGGUGGCGGAGUAAGGUGGUUGCGCUCCUCGGAGCGAUUCAAGUUUAUGACAACGUCACUCUCCACCAACGCCAAGACCAGUUAUUAUUCCUUUUGCUCUUCAUCCGCUAACAACAUCAAAAACAUGAUCGUUGAUGAAAGGCAUCGGCAGCUGGAGAAUCUCGACAUGGUGACUGCCGCUAAGAUGCUUUUCAGCGACCCCCCUAAGAAGAGGAAGUUUGGGUUUGAUUUCCAUCUUGUACAGUUCUUUUUUGCCUGUUUGCCUUCCGUGGCUGUAUAUUUGGUGGCACAGUAUGCUCGUUAUGAGAUGAGAAAAAUGGAAGUGGAAUGGAACAGAAAAGGAAGCAGAAAGAAGAAGAAGAAGCGAAGGAAAAAGAAAAAGAAAUGGAAUAAAAUCCUCCAGAAGAAAAGGAAGAAAAAUCUGAUCCCCAGCUUGCAGAGGUGAAAGUGAGACUUGAGAAACUUGAAGAGGCUGUGAAGGAGAUUGUGGUUGAAACAAAGAAACAUUCAAGCAGCAACCUUGAAAAAAAUCAGAUAACUGAUGAUGAGAAAAACACCUAAAUUCUUCUGCACUAAGGGACAGAAGUACCACUGAUUCUGCAUCAAAAAAAUAUGUAGAUGAAGACCAUUCUGGUAAGCAUGAUAUUCUCAAGUCAAAGCCUGAAUUACGUGAAGAGAGCAAGGGUUCAGUAGCAACUCCAAAUCCUUCUCUUCAGGAUCCCAAAGGAAAUCAAACUGGAAGGGCUUCAUAAGGUACUAAGAUCUUGAGAAUUUUUUAUGUCAAUAGACAUAAUUGAUCAAAAGCUAUAGGGUUUUAUAUUGAUAUUUUUCUCAAGAAAUGAAUAGUUAUUUGAUCAUGUUUCACAGAUUACCUAACCUGUAAAUCCUCCUUCAUCUGCGAAAGAUUUUUCAAGUUUUACUGGGAAGGAAGAUUUAAAUGGGAAAGCUAUUGUUGGUGCAUUAGUUAAGUUGCUAUAUGUGGAAGCUAGAAAGCAAUUCCUACUUUUCUAGGCUAUGAUCAUUUUGAAUGAUUUGGGGAGUGAACUUUGGAUGCAUCUUUUCAUCCUCCAACUUUAAUUUAAGUUCAGUUUAGUCCUUCAACUUUUUUUUUAUUGAAUUAAGUCCUUAAGUUAAUUUUUUUAUGCCAACAUUUUUCUCCAUGUUAGAUUUGUUUCUCAACUUAAUGGAGCUGUCUCACGCAAUGUUUAACCCAUUGAUUGAAUCCAAAUUGCUGUUAUUUGGGACUGGUGUCUCUUCUUCCCUAUCUUCUUUUUCCCUUAGAUGUGGGUGUGACAGAUGAAAGCAGCAGUAGCAACAGUAAUGGCAAGAAGCAAGAUUGCGAUCUUGAAGUGGUUGUCAAAUGUGCAGAGAAAUAAAGGUUCUUCAUAGUCAUGGGAAAUGGUGUGGGUUUCAAAUAGGGUUUGGACUUGAAACACUCUUGGACCAUCAAUUGAGUGAACCAAAAUUUAGUUAACUCACUUGGUGUCUCUUAUUCUCCUGCGUGAACCGAAGCAGAAACCAGAGUGUCAUUUUAUUUUUUUGUCUUUUUUGUUGUGGUUGCAAAAGGGUAUUAGAUCUGUUAUGUUAACUGGUAUAAAACAUGAGUGGUUCAAUUCCAUAGGCUCGAAGGAAAUUAUGCUAAUUUGGUGUGGUGGAAUGUUCGUCUUGGUUUAGUAAAAGAAAGAAUGCUGAGAGCUCAUAAACGUCAUGCCUGCCAUGAAUAAGUGCAAAGCUUGUAGAAAAAGUUAAAGAGAGAAAACAGAUAUGGAAGGGAAUGAAUAGCAUGAAUGAAUUAGCUCACAAAGUUGGUUAUUACAGCUGAUUAUAUAGUUAGUUGUAAGAGUAACUAACUCACAACUAACUAUAACUAACUAAGCUAACUCUAGUUACAUAGAGACUAACCAACUAAUCUAACUCUAGUUACAUAAUGAUCCAUGCUAAGAGCCCUCCUCAAGCUAAGAAUGGAUAUCAGACAUUCUAGACUUGGAAUACAAAAAUUGAAAAGCACCUAGAAUCAAGGCCUUGGUGUAAAUGUCGUCCAUCCGAUUUGCAGAAGACAUAGGAAGAAGUUUCACAAGACCAUUCAUCAUCUUCUCACGAACUAUGUGGCAAUCAAUUUCAAUGUGUUUUGUUCUUUCAUGAAAAAUAGGAUUUGUUACAAUAUGAAGAACAUAUUUAUUAUCACAGUACAAUAUAGCACGAUGCUGUAAAUCAAUCUUAUAUUUUUCCAACAUCAAUCCUUAAAGUGUAAAACCUCGCAUGACAAUAAGAAACCUCCAUUGAGCCUCGCA